AUGAAGCUGCAACUACUAGUACCACUUGCUUUGUCGUGGUUGUCCUUUCUCACUGUUGGGAAUUGUACCAGUCAGAUUUCUGAUACCCAUGUUGCUGACACGGACAUUGAUCAAGCUCUACAAGAAGAAAUGGAGUCAACCGCUCUUUCAAAUGAAACAUCGUGUGAUACCAUGCACAUGUCAUCUCGCUGGAGUGAGGAGAACUUGAUUGAAGUUUCCAAUUUGUGGAAUUUCACUGCUAAAGAACAAGAUGUGCUAAAGCAGGUUGGGAACUCUCUCUCUGAUAUUGAUCACUGGAAGAAUGAUCCAUUUGAAGUGGCCAGAUACUUGUGGCAGUUUGACAUGGACCCAUCAAAAUGCGAGAAGCUCUUCCGGGACAUGGUCCAAUGGAGAGUUGAAACUGAUAGGGACACCUUUAUGGAGCGUUAUCAAGAACCAGCAGAAAUAUUCCACCAUACCCCUGUUUGUUUGCUAGCGGGGCUCGACAAAGAAGGCGAUCCAAUCUUAGUGAACCGUAUAGGCAGUUUUGAUGCAUGGGGGGUGUAUCAGCAGGUUGGUUCUGAUGCUAUGCUUGAUGCUGAUAGGUUCUUGUCUGAGUUGAUUUCAACAAGGGGCAAUGGCAUGCCUACUAACUUGGACUGGCAGCAAUACCAUUAUGAACCAAUGGCAGGAAAACGGUUUGUACAAUUUACGGUGAUUGUGGACCUGCAUGGGUUGAGUGUACGUCAGUUCCGUCCAGCCUUGUUUGGGUUGCUCAAGGAAUCUGCCCGUAUCAAUCAAUACCACUACCCAGGGUUGGCCAAGCGUGUCAUCAUCAUUCGGGCUCCAAAGAUCUUUCGAAUGGGAUGGAAAAUUGCAAAGCACUUUUAUGACGAACAGAGCCUUCGUCUGUUCAACUUGGUCACUCAGGACAACUAUCUUGAAGAGUUGCAAAAGUACAUGGAUGUAGAGGUCUUACCACCUAUCAUCAACCCAGUGAAUGGGAAGGGCAAGCAUAUGCCUGGUUACAUGGAGAAAAUCAAACUGGAAGGAGGCAGCAUUCCAUGGGCGCCAUAG